GUUUGUAAACAAAAUUUAAAAGUUCUGUUAUCAGUUACUGUUAUCAAGAUCUAGAGCAGAAUAUUACUUGUAUAUCUAUAAUCUUUAUUUACUUUUCAUAUCAGAGAACAUUGGUGACUAAUUUAUCAUCUGCCUUUUGGAAUUAGUGUGAAAUUAAUUAUGUUACACCAUUUCUAAUUUUUUAUAGUGUAUGUUAUGAUGAGUUAAACCAUAUUUUAAAAUUUUAGUGCAAUUAUGGACCAGUUAUCUGCAGAAAAGAGACUGACUAUCACCUACAUAUUUUGCAUAGCUGUAGGUGCUAUAACUAGCAUAACGACAGGAAUCGCAUGGGGUCACUGGUACAGAACCUUAGACCAAUGUGUGGGCGAUCGAAACUGUAGCUGUAUAAUAUAUGGUGAACACACAGCUACAGUUUUCUUAGGCGGACCACAAGCUCCCUGCAUAUGGGUUACAUUCGGGCCGCUUUUUUACAUCUUCUUCUGUAUUGGUUUAACCUGUUUCCAUGGUUAUCGAGUACUUUUCACGACAAAGUCCCCUAUAACUAGAACUAUGCGAUCUGUUUUAACGAAAACAGAAUCAGGGGAAACAAUUCAGAUUCAGGCAGUAACCCAAGAAAUCACUAGUCCACUUCCUAAGGCGUUUUGGAUAUGCGUGACAGUGUUAUCAGUUUUCUUUACAGUAUACUCUAUAGUACAUUUUGCCGUUUAUGUAGACGGUUAUUAUAAAACUUGUAACCAGUACCGGAAAACCUUAGAAAAACAUUUAAGUUUGCAUGGUUCUGCUUUGCCCGUUCUUUAUCACCGGUUGUCUUGUCAAGGAGUUUUCGAUUUUAUGGAUUAUAUGCAACUGGACACGGGAAAUGCUUAUCGUAACGGAAUUAUCAACACGGGUCUCUCUUUAAUUCUUGGCGUCGCCAGCGCUGGAAUGUCGUGGAUCUUAUUCUUACAUUCAAGUAUCCUAAAUAUAAUGUUGGCUAAAGCAAAUUAAAACCCAUACAAGGCAGAGCGUUAUGAAGCUUUAUUGCAAAUUUGACAUUACAGUUAAGAAGAAAAGCAAUGAAGAUUAGUUUUUAGGAAUAUCAAAAUAUUUUUUAAUGUUAUUUAUUCAUAUGUUAAGGCAAGAGGCAUAAAAACUGAUUUUUGCAAAAAUUUUAAUUCUGAUAUCUGCAAAGUAUAGUUUGAAAAAGUAUAUAUUAGCACAUAAGUAAUUCUAAAUAAAAUAUUUUUUAAUUUUUAAAUUUACAUAAUAUACAGGGUGUCCCACCAGGAAUCGCCACUAUCGAUAUCUCGGAAAGUACUGAUCCGACAAAUCUGAAAAUUUGGCAACCUAGCAAAGGCAGUAGAGCCAACACGGCUUAGAACUUUAUGACACUACCGAUUAUACCGGAAGUCAACAUUAUCUUUCGUAUUUUAAAUCAGCCCCUUCGAGUUAUUUUAUUAAAUAUUUCCUAUACCUAGGAGUUAUAGAUUUUGAGUUACUAAUUUUUUAAAGAAAAAAUUUGACA